AUGUAUUUGGUACAUUUAAACAAGCAACAAAUUAUCUAUCCAUUUAAAACAAAUUGUUACAUUUAUUUCAAAAAAUUACCAAUAAUAUUAAUGAUACAUAUCAUUUACAUGUCAAUAUGGAAUAUAAACACGGUCAGAUGUAGUAGCAGUAGUAGUAGUAGUAGUAGUAGUAAUCAUGAAAGAGGAAUAAAAAAAUUACGUUUACAAAGUUUAGAUAUUGAAUCUUGUCUACCCAUUGGUGAUUCAUUCUGUACUGAAAAAGUUCCAAAUAGUUUUUGUUCAAUUGAAAAAAAUGAAUGUUUCUGUAAAUAUGGUCAUUAUCUCAUUCAAGAAGAUGAUGGUUUCAUGUGUAAAACAUUACUGACCAAUGAAAAAUGUCAAUUGGACAGUGAUUGUAUCUAUGUAAAGCAUAGUAUUUGUCAUCCUGGUGCAGGUGCAUGUAUCUGUCCGUCUGGAACUAUCUACGUACCGGAAGAACAUGCAUGUAGAUUUCAGAUUAAAACAGUUACAAAUGACUUCUGUCAGACAUGUAAACAUUUUCAUGGAUUAUGUUACAGAUAUGAACAUGAUGAUCAGGAAUAUAGUGAAUUUAAAGAAAGAAAUCAUUAUGGAUGUAAAUGCCCAUACAAUACAGUUUCAAUCAAUACUAACAUCCUGUGGAAUAAAUCUUAUAUCUAUCAAUCUCAAACAUUAGUACCUACUGAUCGUAUAAAAUUACUAGACAGUAUGAAUGAAAAUCAAAAGGAUGGCAUCUGCCGUGGUUUAUUGGUUGACAUUGGCAUGUUCUGUAACCAGAUUGAUAUGUUAUGCAGAUCAUCAAAUGCAUUUUGUUCAAAUGGUAAAAUGAUCAAUAAUGUUUACAUAUCACCUCAAUGUGUUUGCCGAGAUGGAUAUUUACCAGUUUAUCAGGACUAUUUAGAUUAUCAUGAAUGUAAUUUUUCUGGUACUCAACAAAACUUCACAAUAUAUUUGAAUUUUUCUACGGAAUAUCAAUCUUCUAUUUUCCUGACAAACGAUACAACACAUUGGAUUAUAUUUAUGUCAAAUCAACUAAGCUCAGUCUAUCCACGUGAUAAUUGUCUUUUAAAAAAACAUAAAGAUGGAAUUUGGCGUAAAAUGUUGAAUUUUUCAGAGAAACAUGAUAUUUUGACGGAUUGUGCAUUGAUUCAAAUUCAUCAUCAAAAGAGAGAAUUAACUUUCAAAACGUAUAUUAUUGUUUUAUAUCAAUCAAUAUUUGAUUUUACAAUUAAACACAAACAAUACUACGCUUCAUUCACAUUAAAUUGGAAUAAAGUAAAUGUUACUUUUUAUGCAACUGAAAUUCAAAUGAUUAAUAUUAACAACGAAAAAAGGGAUAAUUCAGAAAUUUUGAAGAAACUUCAUCAAAAUUUAAAAUUCACAUCAACAAACAAUGAAUUGAAUAGUGAAAAUUCACAAACUAUGCUAAAUACAAAACAAUUUGUUGUAAAUUUACGCAUAGAUUAUUCUCAUCAAAAUAGUAAUUGUCUGUUAGAUUCAAAUCAAUUCAGUAAAGAGAUUAAAUUUCAUUCAAAUCAUUUAUCAACAUUUGGAAAUUUUGACAUACUACUAAAUAAUUCAAUCAAUAGUAUAAAUAAUUUAUUGAAAAAUAUGACAGAUCUCAAUUCAUCUCAACAAAAGGAUUGGCAUUUUCAUGAAAAUUUUACAAUUUUAUCAGAAUUGCAUAUAAAUUGUGUAUUUCGUGUUUGUCAACACAAUAAAUGGUGUACAUGGCCUUCUUGCGAUAAUACAAAUCAGUUGGAUUAUAAUCUACCUCAACCGAAUAUAUUGCCAAGUUAUACCUCCUAUCCAUCAAUAUUAACAUUAACAAAAUCAUUGAAAAUUGAAAUUCCCAACUUGAAUUCAACAUCACCACUAGAAGAUAUAUUUCACCAUUCUUUGGUAUUUACACAGAAUAAAAGUACCGAUUCAAAUUGUGAACCAAAUACUAUCCAUGUCAAAUUUUUUACAACUUUCAUAAUUUUUAUCAUUUUUUUAAUAAGUGGAAUUAGUUUGAUAAUCUUCUAUUGCCAAUUUAAUUGUGUCAUCUAUCAAACACCCUGUAACUGGUGUUAUCGACAAUUAUUCACGCAUCGAUCUAACCAUAAAAAAUAUAGUGACAAUAAAUUUAUUCAUGAUCAAAUUACUACUUACAAUUUAUGUAGUAGUAAUCCUUUGAAUACUAAAAUGUCACAACCUGUUAUUUAUGAAACAGAUAGCUUAAAUCAUUCCAAGUUUGUAAAUACACCUUAUAAUCCUAUGAAUCAUUUGUAUCAAACACAUUCACAACAAAAUCAUCAUUGCUCUCAAUUACAUUCUAUUCAAUUAGAUUAUUUAAUUAAAAAUCAAACUGAUAUGCUGCAUGAUAAAAAUGAUCAUUUUUAUAAAGAUACUACUGAUUUUCAAAACCCGUAUAAUAAUAAUAAUCAGAAGAAUAUUGAAACAUGGGAUAAUAUGAUUCCAGUUUAUUAUAACCGAAAUUCAAAUUCAAAUGACAAAGAAUUUGAACAUUGUUCGUUUGAAUCCGAUAAAACUUAUCCAAAUCAUAUUCAUCCGUUUGAUUUCAAUGAAAUACACGCAAACAAAUCAUUAUCGUUAACUUCUCAUACACAACAAGAUAAUAUUUUCAUGCCUUCUUGUUUACAUAAUCAAACUUUAGGCUUUCUUCAGCCUAAUUGGUAUCAUAAUAUUGAAAAAUAUGAAACAACUUUGAAUUCUAUGCACCGUAAUCAUUAUCAAUGUCUCAAUAAUAAUUUUUAUAAUUCACCAAAUUUUGUUACAGUUAAAAAUGAUUUAUUUUUAAAGAACAAAAAAUCCUAUGUUCAAAAGUGA